ACAGCCGCCGCCGCUAUAGUCUGCUGGAGUGGAUGUGUAUACCGUCGCUCGCGCGCACUGACGCGCUGUUUUCUCUUGCAGAUCUGUGAUUGCGCGCACAGACGCGUGUUUUGCGCGCUCGCGAGCGGACAGCGGAAUAGCGCUGGAAUGAUAUCUAUGGGCGGUGGACGAGGAAAAUGACCUUUUGUGAUAACGACGAGGACUUGAGGUUUUCGUGCUCAACGCUAGAGUCAACACACUAUUUAUGUUGAUUUAGGAAGUCUUGGUCGCUCGCGCAGCUUGGACUUUUCUUUCCAGAAAUGGACCGCGUCAAGAGUUCAAUGCAGCAAGUCCCAAACCCGAUCCCCAAAGUGCUCAGCCGUCGCGCUGGCGGUGCCAACAGUUUGGAAGUUGAAAAGGAAAACUUCGAGCGCAAUCAGGCGGUGAGCAUCAAUAAAGCCAUCAACACACAGGAGGUUGCUGUCAAAGAGAAGCAUGCCAGGACAUGUAUAUUGGGCACUCAUCAUGAGAAAGGGGCUCACACAUUCUGGCUGGCCGUCAACCGUCUGCCCCUGUCCAGCAAUGCCGUGCUCUGCUGGAAGUUUUGCCACGUCUUCCAUAAGCUGCUGCGAGACGGCCAUCCCAACGUCAUUAAGGACUCUAUGCGGCACAAGGCGGACCUAAAUGACAUGAGCAGGAUGUGGGGUCAUCUGAGUGAAGGCUAUGGGAAGCUGUGCAGCAUCUACCUCAAACUGCUCAUCACCAAAAUGGAGUUUCACAUCAAAAAUCCUCGUUUCCCUGGCAACCUUCAGAUGUCAAACAGACAGCUUGAUGAAGCGGGUGAGAACGACGUCAAUAAUUUCUUCCAGUUGACGGUGGAGAUGUUUGAUUAUCUGGAGUGUGAGCUGAACCUUUUCUUAGGAGUGUUCAGCUCAUUGGAUAUGUCUCGUUCAGUGUCUGUGACUGCAGCAGGUCAGUGUCGUCUGGCUCCUCUUAUUCAGGUCAUACUGGACUCGAGUCAUCUAUACGACUACACCGUCAAACUGCUCUUCAAACUCCACUCCUGUCUGCCAGCAGAUACUCUGCAGGGCCAUCGGGAUCGCUUCCAGGAGCAGUUUAAGAAACUGAAGAGUCUGUUCUAUCGCUCCAGUAACCUGCAGUAUUUCAAGAGACUGAUUCAGAUCCCACAACUUCCUGAGAAUCCGCCAAACUUCCUGCGGGCAUCAGCCCUCUCUGAGCACAUCAGUCCGGUGGUGGUGAUUCCAGCGGAGGCUUCAUCCCCUGAGAGUGAACACGUAGUAGAGACAGAGGACCUGGUGGACACAGACAUCCCACCUUUAACAGGCACCGGGGACAGCAAGUUUGAUGACCUCUUCGGCACCUCAGCCGCCACAGACCCGUUCAACUUCAACAGCCAGAAUGGAAUGCGCAAAGAUGACAAAGAUCGUUUGAUUGAGCAGCUCACAGCAGAGCUACAGGCCCUGAAAGAGGAGCUGGAGUCCUUUAGAUUGGAGAGUGGUCGUCUUUGUCAAGCACUACGGGGGCGGGUCAAUGAGCUGGAGGCGGAACUUGCAGAACAGACGCACCUAAAGCAGCAGGCAUUGGGUGAGAGUGAGUUCCUGAGGGCGGAGCUCGACGACCUGCGGAGGGUCAAAGAGGACACCGAAAAAGAGCAGCGCAGUCUGAGCGAAAUCGAGAGAAAAGCACAAGCAAAUGAACAACGCUACACCAAACUAAAGGAGAAAUACACAGAGCUGGUCCAGAGCCAUGCUGACCUACUUAGAAAGAACGCAGAGGUGACGCGCCAAAUGACAGUAGCUCGUGCCGCACAGGAUGAGGUGGAGAAUGUGAAGAAAGAGAUGCAGGACAGAUUAAAAGUCGCCCAGGACUCUGCCAGUCAGCAGGAAAAGGCUCAGUUAGAGCAGCUUCAAGCUCUACAAGCCGAGCUCAUGUCCAGCAGAACAGAACUAGAGACCCUGAAGAGCACCGUCACCUCCUCCCAACAGUCAAAUGAGCAGCUCGGCACUCAGCUGUCUGCUUUAGUGGCUGAGAAGGCGGGGCUUGUGGAGACCGUUUCUCGAAAAGAGGUGGAGCUGUCUGGUUUGGGGGCGGAGUUAGAGCGUUUGCAGAGCAGUCUGACCAAUGAGAGGGAGAGCGGUGUGAAAGCUGCUGAGGCUCUGCAAAACCAGCUCAAUGAGAAGGAAAGUCGUGAGCAGGCUCUGGAAAGCGAGUUGGUCUCUCUGCGCUGGGCGUCUCUGCGAGCGGCUCUGGAGGAGGCGGGAAAGAUCGUUCAGGACAGCUUGAAUCAGCUGGAGGACCCUGCACACAUCAGCUGCACCAGUUCAGCCGAUUACCUGGUGUCCAGGUGCCAGGUGGCUCUGGACUGCGUGGAGAGGCUGCGUUCGUCCAGAGACGGCUUUGUAUCAGAUAACACAGAUGUGUCUGGACUGGUGCGGGCAGUGACUCAGUUUGCUCACCUGGUGGGCGAUGUCAUCGUGCAGGGCAGCGCCACCUCCCACAUGGUGCCAGUGGAGCAAGCUGACGCAUUGGCAGACAGCGUGAAGGCGUGUGGCGCAGAGGCCCUGACGCUGCUCUGCCAGCUCAAGGAGCAGGAGUCUAUGGGGGCGGCAGACUGUAGUCGGCUGAGGACGGCACUAGAUUCUGUCAAGGCCUUGGGCGAGAAGUUGCGUCCUCGGGGUUUGGAGCUGCAGCAGGGGGAGCUGGGAGAUCUGGUGGAGCAGGAGAUGGCAGCCACAUCUGCAGCUGUAGAGUCUGCUGCCGCCAGGAUUGAGGAAAUGCUCAAUAAGUCCAGGGCGGUUGACACUGGAAUCAAAAUGGAAGUCAAUGAAAGGAUUUUGGCGUCCUGUACAGAUCUUAUGCAGGCCAUCAGAGUAUUAGUUCUGUCCUCCAAAGACCUGCAGAGGGACAUUGUGGAGAGCGGCAGGGGAGCUGCAUCUAUGAAGGAGUUUUACGCCAAAAAUUCCAGAUGGACCGAGGGUCUCAUUUCUGCCUCGAAAGCUGUGGGCUGGGGCGCAACCAUGUUGGUUGAUGCUGCUGAUCAGGUGGUGCAAGGAAAGGGCAAGUUUGAAGAGCUAAUGGUGUGUUCGCAUGAAAUAGCCGCCAGCACAGCUCAACUGGUAGCAGCAUCUAAGGUUAAAGCGGAAAAGGGCAGUUCAAACCUUUCUCGUCUCCAGCAGGCCUCUAAAGGGGUCACCCAGGCCACCGCGGGAGUCGUAGCAUCAACCAAGUCCGGCAAGUCUCAGAUCGAGGAUACAGAAACAAUGGACUUUUCUGCAAUGACGCUCACCCAGAUCAAGAGGCAAGAGAUGGAUGCACAGGUGUUGGUGUUGGAGCUAGAGACGCGGCUGCAGAAAGAGAGAGAGCGACUGGGUGAACUGAGGAAGAAGCAUUACGAGCUUGCGGGCGUCGCGGAAGGAUGGGGAGGCGAGGAGGAAGGAACGGGUUGAGACUCGUCCCGUUCUGAACCGCGGCCCUGCAGAUUGGGCGCUUGAAGUCUUUAUAUACACACUCUUUCCCUUCUCCCUUUUUAUUGUACUUUUUAACUCUUUUGAUUUACUUUAUUGUACAUUAAAGCCAAAUAAAAGGUGCUUUUUUUCUAACCUGCUCCCUCCCCUGCUUGUGGAGACGCGAGGAGUGUGAGGAUAGUGUGCCACAAAUGAAGAAGGAAGUGGAUGGCACCAUCUAGUGGACAAAGAGGGAAGUACAGGCUCGCUGAACUGUCCGAGUGUUUCAUUUCCUCUUCCGCCUUUUAUGGAAAUGGAGUAUCUUCCCCAUCCGUGACUGUUUAGAACAAUCCUGUCUCAUCAUGAAACAUCCCAUGAUGCACUGCACAAGGGUGAGUCACCCCAUUUUGCAGGAAGUGACACUGCGCUGUCACCCUUUCACAAACAGCAGCGGUGUGCGACUUCCAGCUCUCAAACGCAUUCCUUAAUGCCAUGUAGGAUCAUCCUCGUCUGGGUUUUUGGACUAAAAAGCGAGCGCUGGAUGGAGUAUUUGAUGACCCACUAUGGACUAACCUGAAAACACUAGCAAACUCAACAGAGUUUUUCUGGAUUCAGUAUUUUUUUAUGUUCACUUUUCCCUUGAUUAGGCAUUAAUUUUAUAAGAAACCCUACAUAGACUUAAUCCACAGGCUUUGAACUGUUUCACUGUUUUCACUUUUAGGGACAAAACUCCUCAAUAGCUCAUCUAACGACGCGUUUCACCAACUUCAAGUCCAUGACUGAAUAUGAACUGACUGUUUAUGUGAGACCUCACAUCGGGCUAGAGCUGAUGGUUUUCUAUGGUAAUAGUUUCUUCAGCACAGGUAGAUGAGGCACCAUAUUGUAUUAGUAAGGGUCUAUACAAUGGUCUCGUACGGUUUACACGCUGUUAAUAGGACAAUAUCUGUUAAUUCCUGUUGUCUUCUUCCAGCUCCUCAUCAGCGCACCCCUUCACACCGAGGCGAGGAGAGACAUCCGUGCCUUCCAAAAGGGAAAAGGGUCAAGGAUCACAUUCCCUCAAAAAGACCUUUAAAAUUGUGAUCUGAGUAGCGUUAGGACCGUGUUUUACAGUUGUCGUUUGGUAUUGAGAAGUGAGAUCAUGAAAUCAGUAGAAGCGUGUGUGGUGUGAGAACAGAUGUAGCCUAUCCCUGUGUUUGUUCAAGUCUGCUGUGUUCGUUUGGUAUCGUGAGCUUCCCUUUUCCAGCUUGGUGGAUAUCUAAAGAAAGAAGAAGCUGUACAGAGCCCUUAAGGGAAUACGGUGAUGUGGAAAAAUGUAUGAUUGGAGGUAAAGUUGCAGUGUUUUCUAGCAAAAAGCUGCAUUCCUCUGGGAAACUUUGCUCUCAGAUUUUCAGGGUUGUCUCACAGAAGUAUUAUGCUCACCUAAGGAACUGCAUUCACAGCAUUUUCUCUCCACAUUGUUUUCAUCCCAAAAAAUGUUGCGACUCAAUGCGAUUCUUGCAGGAAUGCAAAAGUAUUGCGAGCAAGUGCGUUCACUCUUGGACAUAGGUCUCCAACUCAAUUCCUGGAGGGCUGCUGCUCCAACCCUAAUUAAACACAGCUGAUCCAAAUAAUUGAGGUGUUCAAAGAGUCUUGAACAGCUUGAUUAGUUUGAUCAGCUGUGUUUGAUUAGGGUCUGAGCAAAACUGUGCAGGGCUUGGGCCCUUCAGGAAUUGAAUUUGAGACGUAUUCUCUAGGACAUGGGUCUCAAACUCAAUUCCUGGAUGGCCGCAGCUCUGCACAGUUUUGCUCCAACCCUAAUUAAACCCCUUGAUUAGUGUCAUCAGCUGUGUUUAAGACUCAUUUGAACACCUCAAUUAUUUGGAUCAGCUGUGUUUGAUUAGGCUUGGAGCAAAACCGUGUAGAGCUGCGGCCCUCCAGGAAUUAAGUUUGAGACCUGUGCUUUAGGACAGUGUUUCUCAACCAUGUUGCUAGAGGACCACCAGCUCUGCAUAAUUUCCAUGUCUCCUUAAUCAAACACACCUGAUUUACAUCAUCAGUUCAUAAGCAGAGACUGAAAAAGUUGUAAUGGGUGAGACAGACAAAGGAGACAUCCAAAACAUGCAGUGCUGGUGGUCUUCUAGGAACGUGGUUGAGAUACACUGCUGUAGGAUAUGUAGGAGGUUUGUGAGAAAAUGUGUUUCUCUUUUCUAGAUACAAAAAGGGUUUUCUCUCUGGAGAAUACAAAGGUUGUGUGUGCAUUUAGACUAUCUUGAAGCAAUAGGUCCAUCAUUCUGUGAAUGAAUGCAGGGGUUCUCUAGGGAAACUGAUUUUGUGGGGAAAUGCUAACUUGAGGGAAAAGUAAAAGUUUGCUGAGAGAUUUUGUGAAUGUAUGAAAAGUUUCUCUAGGAAAUGCAAACAUUUGCAGAAUGCUGUUUUCUCUAGGAUAAGCUGAAUUUUUGGCAAAGAAUGUGAUGUUUUUGUGUGUGAAAUCGAGUGAAAUCCAGUUUAUCAAGGAAACGCAAACUUUUUCACUUUUUUUUUUGUCAUUUUUUAGCACAAAUCUUGGAAGUUUCUCCGGGAAGGAAGCAUUUUUUUGAUGAAUGCAGAGUUUGAACUUGCAGAAGUUUUCCUAUCAAAGACAUUUCUCCUUAAAAAAAAAGGAGAAAUAUUUGAGAAUAUUUGAGAGAAAAAGUGAGAGUAUUUGUGAGUUUGUUGGCAGACUUUUAUUUCAGUCUGCAUAAAACGUUUUGCGAGUUAUUGCAGACGUUUUGCACCCAUUUUGUGAGUGAAUGCAAAAAAAAUGCUUUACAAACAAAUGCCAAAUUCCCUGCCCUAAAAGUCAAAGUUUAACAAGUGCAGUCGUCGUUAGUAUGAGAGAACAUUUUCUUGAGUGCUUAAUUUAUUUUCCUUCAAUAGUUUUUUCCUCAUUUGCAUUCCCUUGAGGGUCUCUGUUUAACUUUUAUUUAUUUUGCAUAAAAAAGUCAUUAUUUCUUAUUACAGUGCAACUACUACCAGAAUAUAAAUGUAUCAGUGUACCUUACAAUUAUGAAGUGUUAUUUCAUUUAUAGUCAUAAAUUAUGGGUGAAAUGUUCAUUUUUGUAAGCAUCUAAAUGCAGGCUUAAUUUUCAUUAUGCAAAAUAUAAUAAUUUUUUUCUGUGUGUUAUAAAUAAGACACUUUUGACUGUUUUCAUGAGAUUCACCCAGAAUGAAGAUACAUGAAAAUGAUGAAGUAUGUUGGGUUCAAGAGGCCACCUCCGUCAAAGCAAUGUAGACCACACAGCCUUUAGACCAUCACUGUCUGCCAGCAGCACAGCUCUCUCUCAGCAGGGCUCAGCCGGACACAGGGACAUCAUCUACAAACCAUGGUUACCUCAACUUCUCCACAAACUACCAGUCAGAAACUACACACUAGGACAUGACUGAGUUUAGAGUCCUCCUGUAGACUCAAGUUGAACAGUUGAGUAAACCAUGAGUGAGUGUGUGUGUGAGUGCGUGUGUGUGUGUGUGUGCAUGUGUUGUUUAAUUCUAAUAUAAUGUUUGGGUGGAUGCCGUGUGAUUGCGAUAUGAUAUAUACUGUAUAUCCCUUAUGUUGUGUCUUAAUACCAUCAUAUUGUUUCACUCGUUGCACUGCUUCAGCUGUUAUGCUAAGUUGCUACACUGGGUAUUUAAUUUCCGUUUUGUUGGAGUUUGAUCAUCACUUCAAGUUUUGGUUUAUUUCACCAUUUAGACUCGGUUGUCUAGUCUUACCAGCUCAGCCAGCCUCUAAACUGCCUCUCACUUUUGUUAAUGAAAACAAAACAAAACCGCUCAAUAACAUUUUGGAGAAUAUCUUUGUAUGAUAUAUAUAUAUAUAUAUAUACACUAAAACUAUGUGUGGGUUUGUUUUAUUUUUCAGUUUUUAAAUAAAUAUUUCACUCAUUGAUAUAAUA